AUGUUUUCGUCAAAUAGAGUCUGGCUUGUCACAGGUACAUCACUUGGGUUCGGUAAAGCGUAUAUUGAAGUUUUGUUGUCAAAAGGGUAUAAUGUUGCUGCUACUACAAGAACAAAAGCCAUCAUUGAAGCUGAAUUUGGUAAAGAGUCAGAACACUUUUUGCCGUUGAAUUUAAACGUGAAAAAUAAAGAAGAUGUAGUACGUGUUGUAUCUGAAGUGAAACUCAAAUUUGGUCGUAUUGACUGUCUCAUAAAUAAUGCGGGAUAUGCACUUGUUGGAUUUGUUGAAGAAGUUGAUGAGUAA